AUGGCUGAAACUGUGGCCGACUUGACAGCUUCUGUCAACGCAGCGUUGUCCAAGCUCUCUCCUACUGAUGAGAUCCCGGACUCCGCGCGCUUGCAUCUCCUGGAUGCAUUGGACAAACUACGUGGAGUUGUUGAACCUCCUAUUCAGUCGAUUCUAAACAUCUGCUGGGCGGCCCAUCCUCUGGUUAUGAUCCGAACUGCUAUUGGAAUGGGCGUUUUUGAUGCGUUUGCCGCUGCCGGCGGCGCGGAGCUGACCGUCAAUGAGCUGAACGAGAAAACUAAGGGCGAUAAAACUUUGUUGGUGCGGAUCAUGCGGUUCCUGAGUUCCCAUCGCCUCUUCAUUGAGACCGGGGUGGACAAAUACCAUCCCCAACCCUUAGCCUUGAUUCGCGACCGGCGCUCCACCAUGUGA